AAAGUGAUUUUAACCCAAGCUAAACAAAGAAAAGAGACCAUAGUACUACUGCUCCUGCUGAGAAUCUUACAUAAAAGGACACUCACUCACUCCUUACUCUCUUUACCUUUGUGCUCUGCUCCUCAAAAACAGAGUACACACAACACACUAUAUACACACACGUAUCACAAAACCUUAGCAGCUUGAAGAUGGCUCAAAGUUCCACAAGAAUGAAAUUGGUCUUCAUGUUGGUGCCUCUAUUCUUACUCCAUGCUUUCACAACCACAGCAGAAGAUGGGUUAGUAUCAAAUGGAGAUUUUGAGUCAAGUCCAUCAAAUGGGUUCCCUAACGAAGCAAUAAUAGAAGGACCAAGUGAAGUCCCAAACUGGAAAUCAAAUGGCACGGUUGAACUAGUUGAAUCAGGGCAAAAACAAGGUGGAAUGAUCCUCAUAGUACCACAAGGUAGACACGCAAUUCGACUAGGUAACGAUGCUGAAAUAAGCCAGGAUGUACCUGUCGAAAAAGGUUCAAUUUACUCGGUCACAUUUUGCGCGGCUCGCACGUGCGCUCAACUUGAAUCGCUUAAUGUAUCCGUAGCAUCUGCAUCACAGACAAUAGACCUGCAGACACUGUAUAAUGUUCAAGGUUGGAAUCCUUAUGCGGUUUCUUUCAAUGCUGAUGAGGAUACUUUUAGGUUGGUUUUUAAGAACCCUGGUAUGGAGGAUGACCCUACUUGUGGACCCAUCAUUGAUAACAUUGCUAUCAAGAAACUUUUCACUCCUGAUAAACCCAAAGACAAUGCAGUAAUCAACGGUGAUUUCGAAGAAGGUCCAUGGAUGUUUCAAAACACGUCGAUGGGAGUCCUACUUCCAACAAACCUAGAUGGAGAAACUUCGUCACUCCCCGGUUGGAUAGUCGAAUCAAAUCGUGCCGUCCGCUUCAUUGAUUCUGAUCAUUACGCGGUUCCACAAGGAAGAAGAGCGAUCGAGCUACUCUCGGGAAAAGAAGGCAUCAUAUCUCAAAUGGUUGAAACCAAACCCGAAAAACCAUAUACCUUAACAUUUUCAUUAGGUCAUGCCGAUGACAAAUGCAAGGAACCUCUAGCUGUUAUGGCAUUUGCUGGUGACCAAACUCAAAGCAUUCAUUACACACCAAAUUCAAAUUCUAGUUUCCAAAUUGCUAACCUCAAUUUCACUGCCAAAGCUGAUAUGACUAGAAUUGCAUUCUAUAGUGUUUACUACAAUACAAGAAGUGAUGAUAUGGUUUCUCUAUGUGGGCCUGUUGUGGAUGAUGUGAGAGUUUGGUUUUCUGGGUCCAACGGGCUUCGCGGGUUGGGCUUUUUACAUCUCGGGCUUAUGAUUUUGGGCUUAGUUUUGGUUCUUGUUUAAAAGGGUUUCAUUAUGUUUUGGUUUAUUUAAUGUUAUUGCUAAGCUUAAUAGGUGAAGUCACAUUCUCCAAAAUUGUAUUGUGAACUUGUGUUAAUUAAGUUUAUAUAGUUUAUUAUGCAAUAUUAAAAAUGUGAAUGAAAAAUGUGUAGUUGUUAUGUGUCA